AUGACGGAAACAGUUGAAGCACGAUCAUCAACGACAACCACGAUGGUCAUCGACAGUAAGUCUGGAGAUGCUGGGUCGGCAUCUUCGCGGGGGCCCAGGAAAUCAUUUACCGACAACCUCUACGCUACGUUUAGCUCUCCGAUAGCCUGGAUCCUAGUCCUGGCUCUAAUCCUCACUUGGUCGUGCGUCUUCAUCAUCAUGUUCGAUGUGAUGGACUACAAAACCAUUUCAGGUCACCCUCAGGCUGGCGUCAGGAAGGUUUUUAAGGAUUCAGGGCAUAGAGGAGGCCUCAGUAAGAUCAGCUCAGACCCCGUGAAGGUCAUGAACGAAGCUGUGGACGAAUCAACAAAUGUCAUCUCGUCCAUAUUUAAAUUUGCUGCCAGCCUGAUUGCUCCUGAAGAUGAAGAAGGAACUCUGUACGCAGUGAGGAAAAAAGGAGAAUUUCUACCAUCGAGAAGUAAAGUUAUUGGGAUGCAAGCAAAGAAAACACUGGAAAAGAUGGAAGCAGAGGAGGAAGAGGAGGAGGAGGAAGAGGGGAAAGAUGUGGAGGCUGCUGGGGGAGAUGAGGGAGAGGAGGAGGGUGAGGAAGAGGAGUAUGAGGAGGAGGAAGGGGAGGAUGAAGAAGAGUAUGAGGAAGAGGAGUAUGAAUAUGAGGAAGAGGAGUAUGAGGAGGAAGAGGAAUAUGAGGAGGAGUAUGACGAGGAGGAGUAUGACGAGGAGGAGUAUGAAGAGGAGGAGGAGGAAGAUGAUGAGGUGUAUGAGGAUGAAGAGUAUGAGGAUGAAGAGGAGGAGGAAGGGGUAUAUGAAGAUGAGGUGGAAACAGAAGAAGAAGGGGUGGAAGAAGAGGAAGAGGAGGAGACAGGAGAAACUGAGGAGGAAGAAGAUGAUGAAGAGCAAGCUGAAGCAGCUACUGAUGCAGACAGAGAUGAUGAAGAUGAGGAAGAACCUCAGUCAGCUGAAGCAGAGCCAGUUGAUGAUGAUGAUGAUGAUGAUGAAGAGGAACUUGUUGCUGAUGAAGAGGAGUCUCCUGAACCUGUUACUACCUCAGAGGAUGAAGAGUCAGAUCUGUCUCCUGAUUCAGAUUCUGACGUCCCCACUGACCUCAAAGACAGUGAUGAAGAGGACGAGAAAGAUGAAGAUUAUGAGGAUAUAACCACUGACGAUGCAUUCACUGACACCUCGGACCUCAGUGAUUCAGCAGCUCCUUCGAGUGAGGAAGAAGAGGAAGACGAAGAUGAUUCUGACGACAUCAUUCCAGAGGACUCUGAUGAUGACUUGGAUGUUGAUCUUCCUCAUGUAGAAGUUUCCACUGAGGAAGAGGAAGAUGAUCACAAACCUGCAGGAGAGGAAGAUCUUUCUGCUCUUCCUCCUGUUGAAGAUGAUGACGAUGAAGAUGUAAAAGCUGAUGAUGAAGAUAGUGAUGAUGAUCUGGACCAAACAGACGAGGACGUCUCUGUCGCAUCCUCUGAGCACUUCGCGGACGUUGAAGAUGAAGAUGAGGACAGUAAAGACGGGGACUUUAACAAAGACAUCAGCCUUGAAGAUGAUGAAGACGAAGAUGAUCUUCUCAAACCUGAUGAUGAUGAGGAUGAUGAUGAUGAGUAUAAAAGGAAAGAGGAGAACGAAGAGGAGGAAGAAAUUCCUCUAUUUAUAAGCUCAGACAGUGGAGUCUUGGGUGAUGAAGAUGAAGACAGCGCUUCAGACCUUGAUGAAGACUCUCUCGGAGACAGUGUCUUCAGUGAGGACAUUGAUGAAGAUGAGACAGAUGAUGAAGAUGUUGAUACCAGCUCGCUGGAGCUCAACGUUGAUGAAGAGGAGGAAAAAUCGAUCACAGAAACAUCGGUUGGCGCUGAGGAAGACAAAGAUGAACUUAAAGACGAGGAAGCAGAACCCUCAGCUGAUGACGAUGAGGAGGAAGAUGAUGAAGAUGAUGAUGGGAUCGAUGAAGUCUUGCUGGCAGCUGCUGCGACCAUCACCGCCCAGCAGGAGGGAACAAAGACUGAGGCAGAUGAUGCUGAAGAAGAGGAGGAGCUCGUGCAGCCUGAUGAUGAAGAUAAGACCGAGGAUGCUGAGAGCAGACAUCCUGCAGCUCCUGAGGAGGAGGACAAGGAGGGAGACGGUAAAGAGUCUGAGCCUCAGAAGGCUGCAGACAAAUCUGAAGACAAGGAGGAGGAGGAGGAGAAAGAGGACGAAGAUGAUGAUGAGGAAAAGGCAACAGUGGAUGUGAUCAAACCUGUGCCAGAACCUGAGGAAGACGCACCCAAGGUUGAACCUGCAGUGUGUCCCUGCAUGCACUCUGCAAAAACCAAAGAGUCCUCUGCAAAGACUAAAGAUAAAAAAGAUGCCCCCAGGAGAGUUUCUGCUGUGAGACGACAAAAAGAACAGGGAGCUGUAAAGACAGAUAAAAAGAACAAAUGGCAAGCUCUUCCAAGAAUGGUUACUGUGGAGCCAAAAGUCAAACGGAUUCGAAGAUUAGCUCCUCUUCUCAAAGCCAAGAUAAAAGAGAAGACCAAGGCUAUAAAAUCAGAGACAGAGGCCAAACCACAAGAGCCAGCCCCAGAGUCGGAACAAGAAGUCGGUCCUUGCAGACCUGCACCAGUUUACUGUCCGUCUCCUCCCGGCUGGUACGUGCAUCACAUCGUCACAGAUAAUCCAUACCCUCCUCCAACCGUGUCAGCUCCAUCAGCUCCCGUUGUGACGGUUCAUCCCGGAGCUCCGCCCCCUCAGCCUCCUUAUCAACAGCCUCCUCUGAUGCAGCCGCUCUUCGCUCACUUUCAACCUUAUCAGCCUAUGAUGCAAGCAGUGAUGCCUCCUCCGCCAGAACCAGCUCAGACGGUCCAAACGGAGCAGCCUGAGGCCCCACAAGAACCUCCGGUGGAACCUGAGGAGCCAGCUCCAGCUGCUGAAGCUCCAGCUGCUGAAGCUAACCAGAGGCUACUGUGGAAAAAAUAAAAACAGUUCCCACUAAGAAAGCUCCUGAGAAGAAAAUGAAGGAUGCUGAUUCAGUUAGAGAACCUGCAGCGACCAAAGAUAAAACAAAGAAAGCGCUGGCUGCAAAAAAAGAGCAAAUCAAAGAGAAAACCAAAGAAAAAGCCAAUAUUCUGGCAGAAACUACAAAAGAGCUCCCUUCAAAAAAGAAGACCAAAUCUUCAGUUUCAAAGAAAGAGCCUGCAGCUGCACAACACAAGAGGAAAUCAGCGCCUGAGACGGCAGCGUCAGCUGUCAGGAGCAAAGCCAAGGCGUCCAAAGAGAAGAAAGAUCCAGAACCACAUCCGCAGCCGUUAAGGCUCAGAAUGCGACCGGACCCUGACCGUAGGGCGAACGGGACGUCUCAGGCCAGAGAAGAGAAACGCCUCAGAGCUUCAUAUAAACCAGAUCAGAUAAGAUCAAAAUUAUUGGAAGAGAAAAAAAGCAAAGCAGCAAAAACGGAAAAGAAACCCGUCAAACCUGCUGAAGGAGAACCGAAGACUGAGGACAGCGUCACGGACAAGAAGAAACAAAGUCAGAAAUUCUUCCAGUGCAUCUAUUUUCCAGGAAAAAGUGCACAGUACCCUUUACGACCUUUGACCCCGGCCAUGUCCCCCGCCAUGCUGUCCCCUGCUGUGAGGUCCAUGCUGGAGCAGCAGAGAGCCGCCCGAGCGUCGGGGCAGUAACUGCAUUUUCUAUACGACGGGAUCUCCCAAACCAGCUGAGGGAGACUUUUUAUUCUGUGGCAUUCUUUAAAUCAGCUGCAGACAGAGACAACGACAGAUUUAUUUAACGUUAACUUGUUUGUUCAGUGGUUGAGCUCCUGGGGUUUCUGUCAACACUACACAUCAUGCUGCACCUUAAACGUAUGGACACCUGCAGGGAAUUUCCAUAUUAAAAAGCAUAAUUUAUUGGACACAACACACAAUUUGUAUUUCAAAA